GUCAAGCCCAGGGUCCACCCCCAGGCCAGCAGGACAGGCACCAGGGAGGGGCCGCCUGUCUCCCACUGACGUCAGACUCUCCUCUGCAUCCCAGCUGACGCCCACCGUCCUGUGGGAACUGCCUCGUCCAUGGCCCUCCCCGGGCUGGCCGUGCUCCUGAUACUCAUCUGCUGCUUGAUGACCACGGACCACGCCAUUUCUGAUCCAGACCCACCGAUUAAGAACUUAAGGAUAGAUCCAGAAAGAAAAAGAUUGGUCUGGGACCAGCACGGAAAUGUUUCUGAAAUUGGGUGUUACGUCAAUUCGAAAAUUUUAAGAAAGGCAACAAAGAACCCCUAUUGCACUCUUGGUGACUUGUCAUGCGAAGUGAAAAACUACACCGUGAAGGUGAUGAAAGGUCAACCGUUCUCUGAUUGGAUUCUGUAUCCAAAGCAAGGCAACCCCCGGGCGGCCGCGGACAACCUGACCUGCCGGGUGCACGACGUGGAUCAGCUCAGCUGCAGCUGGGCGGUGGGCGAGGAGGCCCCGGCGGACGUGCAAUACCAAUUCUACCUGAAGCAGUCCGUGGAGACGUGGCAGUGUCCCAAGUACACGCAGAACCAGCAGGGCGUCAACGUCCAGUGCCAUUUUGACAGCAUCUCCCUUCAACCUCAACGCCAAGCGCAGUUUCGUUUCCUGGUGAAUGGUACCAGCAGUGACUCCGAAAUCCCCUGCCGCGUAAUGAUUCAUAGAUUGCAAGAAAUUGAAAUAUUAGCUGCCCCGAACAUCACAAAAAAGUGGUGUAAUGAAACCGACUCUAUCAUGGAAUGGGAAGUAAGGAGUCUCUUUACUGACGACAUCAAGUAUGAGCUUGAGAUACAGAAGGGCACGGACCUCGCCUACAAAGAGGAGACGGAGCUCAAGUCCUUGAGGCUGAGGAACCCGGGACCCUACACGGUGAAGGUCAAGGCCAUGGACUCCCUGUUCUUCGGGAGAAGGCCGCCGGGCCAGUGGAGCGCCCCGCAGCACCUCGACUGUGGCAGCAAGAACGCGUCCUUCCCGUUCUGGCUGGUGUACCUGCUGGCCCCGCUCGGGGCGCUGCUCCUGGUGGGGCUCGUGUUCCUCUGUCGCAGGUGGCCGGUGGUGCAGAAGCUCUUCCCGCGUGUCCCUCACGUGAAAGACCCGGUCGGCGACAGCUUUCAGAACGAGAGGAUGAUGGCCUGGGACCCCGAGCAGGAGAGCCAGGAGGAGUGUCCGGUGGUGCAGGUGCAGGUGUUGGGGGAAGCAUGAAUCUGAUGCAACCGGGGGCUUCGUUUUUCCGCCCGGGAGGACGCACAGCCGGGCCCGGUUGGGCGCGGUCGUUUGCUGCACAGUUGAGGAUGGCAAG